UGUUCCUCCUCGUCCUGCUCCAGCGGUUAAGUUAAAUCAGAGGCAGUCAGUGACACGCUGCGGUGGUCUCUCUAUCUCUCAGCCCGUCCUGCUCUGAAAGCAUCAACAGCCUCCUGGUUCAGCACUGCAGGACUCGCUGAGGCCCUCUCCCAAGGCCUGCAUCAGUCACCACAGACCAGCCCUGGCUACAGGGACCCUCCAUUUAAAAGUCCUGGGAUUUGGUGCUCAAAAUGCAAAAUCUAACGACAGAAACAACAGACGGUUUAGAACUGGCAUGUGGUAUGUCUGGACACCAUGAAAUAAUUUUCACCCUGGUACCCAUCGUCUAUGGCUGUAUUUUUGUCAUCGGCAUUGUCGGAAACAGCAUGGUGGUGGCUGUCAUCUACUGCUACAUGAAGCUUAAGACGGUGGCUAACAUUUUCGUCCUGAAUCUUGCCGUGUCUGACCUCACGUUUCUCAUCACUCUACCAAUGUGGGCCACCUACACCGCCACAGGGUAUAGUUGGCCCUUUGGAGGAUUCCUGUGCAAGGCCAGUGCAGGGCUGGUGAUUUUUAACAUCUACACCAGCAUCUUCUUCCUCACAGCGCUCAGCCUAGACCGUUACCUGGCUAUUGUGCAUCCAAUGCGAUCGAGGCGCUUCCGCUCCCUGGUGUAUGCGCGUCUCACCUGUGUGGUGAUCUGGCUUUUUGCCUUCGUGCUCAGUGUGCCCACAGCGGUGAUCAGGGAUCUCCACGACAUCUCACACUCUAACACUACAGUGUGCGGCAUUCUGCACCCGACUGAAGAAAAUGAAAUGUGGUUGAAAGAGCUCCGCCUCGCCAUCAGCCUCAUGAAGAUCCUGCUGGGCUUCCUGGUGCCCUUUGUCAUCAUCCUCACGUGUUAUUGCCUUAUUGGGCAGGCGCUGCUGGGGGCCACGCACAUACAGAAGAGCUCUCGUUCGCGGGACGACGAGGUACUGCGCAUGCUCGCAGCGGCUGUCUUGGCCUUUUUCUUGUGCUGGGCGCCACACCAGGUAUUCCACUUCAUGGAGGUGCUCACCCAACUGAAACUUGUGAACAAAUGCUCCAUCGUGGAACUCAUUGACACCGCCAUACCCUUCACCAUAUGCAUUGCCUACUUCAAUAGCUGCGUGAACCCUAUCGUGUACAGCUUCGUGGGGCACAACUUUCGCAAAAACUUACUCCAUCUGCUGCGUUGCUCCCGAGGGGCAGUUCCCGGGCCUCACCCGAGCAUUAGCUCCAAGAUGAGUGCACUCUCUUUUCGCGCCACAGAGGCACUGAGCCUUGCAGUCAAAAGUAAUGCCUCCUCUGACGUGAAGUAA